AUGGGUUCCCGCCGCUACGAUUCCAGGACCACCAUCUUCUCGCCCGAGGGUCGCCUGUUCCAGGUCGAGUACGCCCUCGAGUCCAUCAGCCAUGCUGGCACCGUCGUCGGCAUUCUCGCACCCGGUCCUUCUGCCAAGCCGUUCGUCGCCUCGGACCAGUCGACCGACGCCAUGGCCGUCGACGACCCGUCGGCCGCGACCGGCAGCACGUCGACCUCGACCGCACCCGCCCAGUCCGAGUCGGCCAAGAAGAAGGAGGAGGAGGCACGGGCCGAGCGCGAGAAGAAGUACCCGCCACCGCACCGCACCGGGCUCGUCCUCGCCGCCGAGAAGAAGGUGACGAGCAAGCUGCUCGAGAAGGAGAAGGGCAGCAGCGAGAAGCUCUUCUUGGUCAACGGCAACGUCAUCACGGGCGUCGCAGGUUACAACGCCGACGCCAACUCGCUCGUGUCGUACGCCCGCAACGCGGCUCAGGGCCACCUCGCGGCGUACGACGAGGACAUGCCGGUCGAGCAGCUCGUCCAGAAGAUGUGCGACCUCAAGCAGGGCUACACCCAGUUCGGCGGCCUGCGCCCGUUCGGCGUCUCGUUCCUGUUUGCCGGCCACGACCCGCACCACCAGUUCCAGCUGUACGCGUCGGACCCGUCGGGCAACUACUCGGGCUGGAAGGCGACGUGCAUCGGCGCCAACAACUCGACGGCGCAGAGCCUGCUCCGGCAGGACUACCGCGACGACAUUGGCCUCGACGAGGCGAUCGGGCUCGCGCUCAAGGUGCUCAGCAAGACGAUGGACUCGACCAGCCUCGACUCGGAGAAGCUCGAGCUCGCCACGCUCACGGUCGACGAGGCGACGGGCUUGCCGUUCGCCAAGAUCUACAAGCCGCACGAGAUUGAUGCCGCACUCGAGAGGGAGGGUCUCGCGAAGAAGCCCGAGACGGAGGCGACGCAGACGAUUCCCUGA